AUGUCUCACAUAAUCAUGGUAUCGGGCAUGUCUCAUUUUAUAAUAGGCAACGCGUGCCAGCUGAUCCAUAUUAUUGGUCUCGGAUCGCCAAGAUCGCGAAACGCGGGGCUAUUAACCUCGGAGAUAAGACGAAGGCGACUUUGGGCUUGCUAUCUCAUGCAUUGCUUCAGCUCGGAAAAACUGUUUCGAUUUGAUUCAAUCGCGGAUAUUCAGGCUUUAGCUUUACCUUGGCCGGAACCAGAUUUCCGACAAGGUGCCUCAAAAGCUCCCUCUUCAUACUUGAACUCAAAAGGAAACAGCAGAAGCAUCUUUGCUGAGUUGAUCCGAGGGUUGACUCUUUGGUGCCACGUUGUCUGUGCUGUCAAAACUCCAGAAGCUGGCAUGGAUAGCAAAAUUGCAGACAUUUGCACCAUUGAGAAUAAACUAUCGGCUUGGUGGGAGGCGGUGCAGCCAGACUUCAAGUUGGAUCCCCACGACAUGAGAGGCGUUGAACAGAAAGAAUUCUCUACAAUUUUGUUGACCAACCUCGUCUACCACCAGUCUCUUUGUGCUCUCCAUGCCUCUAUAGUUCCUCUCUUCUGUUGGACUAAAGGCGACGGGAGUUGGUCAUCUGCUCGGCAGGUAUCGGCUCAAACUGCUUUCGAGCAUGCUGGCAUAGCCUCCGAACUUAUCAACGGUGUCCUAUCGAAGAGUACCCGGCCCAGUGCGAUGCUAAGUUAUGUUGCUUACGCAGCAUAUUGUAGCUGCGCCAUACAUAUCCCAUUCUUGUGGUGUUCCCAGUCAACCAUCAGAGAGAGGGCCUACGCCAAUGUUGGGGCGAACGUCAGGAUGAUGCAGGCCAUGAGCCCGUACUGGAAGCUUGCCUCACUGCUGGAAAUAUACGCCCGGUGCCUGUAUGAUAUCCACCAGCGAAACCCGCCCGUCGUCAGCAAUGAGCCCAAACAUGCCGACAUCGCUGAGUUUACCAGCUUCAAGGCCGAUGCCUCCCUCGCUAGGUCCUCUAUCUUGGAGUUCACUGGAAUUUUGCGGUCGAGUGAGGGUGGGUACAUACGCCCUGGCGAGGAGAGUAAUACUAUAAGGAUUGAGAGUGAUGAUGGGAGCGCCGGGCUAUUAUCCACGCCGUUCUUGGUGACAGAGCCGUUGGCCGAGGCCAUGGCAAAGAACACCGAAGAACCGGAGGCCGAUUUGCGACCACCUUCAGACGGGGGGGAUCGAAGGAGUUUGGAUUUCAUGAAACCAAAAAGUCCUGGCCUUCAACCAGAAGCAACUCAACUGAACGGGCCGCAAAAUCUGGCGGAACGUCAGCAACUUGAUGCAAUUGCCAGCGAAUGGCCAACUUUGGAUGUGUUCAACUCUUUGUUUGACGCUGAAAUGGCCAAUUUCUUUCCGGACGCUAUGAGUAUUGACCCUUCGCUUCUGGACACAGAACCGUUGACGUGGGACUUUUUGGACAUGCCAGCAGGGGAUGGCGAUUGA